CACUCUACAGCUGGGAAGGAAUAGCAAGAGGAGCUCCAUUUUACAGUCCCCCCUCUCUCUGUCUCAGCUCUGCUUUCUCCAGUCUUCUCUAUCUUAUACUUGCUCUAGCUUGCAAGCAGGCUCGCUCCAGGGUACGAGCCCCACCCGCCUCACUGCUAAACCACAACAAACAAGCUGUGAGCCAACGCCUCCUGAGUCCAAAGUAUAUAAAUACAACUUUUACAAGCUCCUGUUCUCUGUUCCCCUGAAGUGCUCUCCACUUGGAAGAUCUGAUAGCGAGAACCUGGUUCUUUAGCUGCUGCAAAGGAGAAAGAUCUAAUCACUGAUAGCUACACUAAAAGGAAAAGCCGAGAGAGCAAUGUCCUCAUCACCAGUAGGUAAUACCAGUUCUGCUCACCAAGAAGGAGAAGGUUUGUCUGAGACAGCAGCAUCACCCCGCGGAGCUGCCUCUCUUACCGCCAUACCUUCUGAGAGUGUGAGCAUUGAAGGAGCUGUUACUAAAGAAGAAGAGACUCCUGUAGCUAAAGAAGGUGGACAUGUUAAGGAAGAAACAACUGCAGCUAAUGGAGGGGAAGCAGCAAUAGAGGAGGAGGAGGAUGAUAAAGAUGAUGGUGCGGUCCAGCCCCAGAGUCCUACUAGCACAGAGUCUUCUUCCAGUAAUAUCACUAGCAGCAUCACUAGUCACAGCAGCUCCUCAAGCUUCAGCAAUGCUAGCAAUUCAAUCAAAGUUCCCAAGCGGGUUAGGGCGCCCUAUUCCAAGCCGUUACAUGUUCCAGUACCCAGUCCAUCACUGCCAAUGAUGUUUCACUCAAUGCCUACACUACAACCUCAAUAUAUUGCCCCUAAUCCUUACAAUUAUUAUUAUCAGCAGCAAACGCCUGCUCUAGCUGUCCCUGGAUUAUUCAAUGGAGGGGUGGGGCCCCUACCUAUCCAUGAACUACCAGAAGAUGACGAGCCACCAAAGAGUACCUCCAAUCUUUACAUACGAGGACUCUCUGAUAACUGUACUGAUGAAGACCUCCGUAAAAUGUGUGAGAAGUAUGGGACUAUCAAUAGUACUAAGAGUAUACUCGAUAAGAAGACGGGACAGUGCAAAGGUUAUGGUUUUGUUGAUUUCUCUGAAGAAGCUGAUGCCUUGAAGGCUCUUGAGUCAUUACAAGCUAUUGGUACUGAUGUCCAGUUUGCAAGACGCCAAGAAGAAGACCCCACCAACCUCUACCUCUCUAACCUCCCCAAGUACUACUCUGAAAAGGACCUAGAGAAGCUCCUUUCUCCUUAUGGUAGGAUCAUAUCAACUCGUGUACUGAGGGAACCCAGUGGGUACAGUCGUGGAGUAGGGUUUGUGAGGUUGGAUUCAAGAGAGAACUGUGAGAAGGCCAGGGAGGCACUAAACAAUACCAUAUUCCCAGGAACUGACUUGGAGCUGAACAUUAAGUUUGCUGACAGUGGCAAUUAUAAAAGAAAAAUUGCUUACUGGAAGGAGACUGAAGCCAAUGCUUGGAUGAGGGACUAUCUACCUCCUGGAUCAGAGUAUGUAUAUGAUCAGUCCCCCACUCAGUCUCUUCAUCCUGCUACUGUACUGUCACAGAAUAAUCUUCCCACUAGCAGAAUGAUACAACAAGCAGCAACUCUCAAUGGUAAUCAUCAUCCUCAGUAUAUUCCUCAAGUUGCUGGUGGUGGCUAUCAAACUACUUCAAGCUCCAGUCCUUGGCAUAGCUAUUAUGCUACACAGCCCCCAACAGCAGUAGUGGUGAGCCCUUUAUAUGUACUGUGA